CACACACACAGAGUAUGUACUAUGGAACAUGCACAAAUAUAUGGUCAUUCCAUAGAUGACGAUGCAAAAGAAGAUUACAUAGAAUUGGAGGUAAUUAACUCAUCAAACUCCACCAUUUCCUUAUUCCAUUUCAAAAAAAUCUCCCCAUCACCACCACAACAAGCUAAAGAAUUUGAAUUCCAAAUGUUGCCUAACUUUAUUGAUAAAAACACCGCACCAAUAGCCACAGCUGAUGAACUCUUCUACAAUGGAAAACUCCUCCCUCUUGAUCACCUCCCUCUUCAUAAUAAUCCAAUUAGGAACAAAUUUCGUCAUGUUAGAAAAAGUUUUGAUGAUUUUGAACAAUCUUUUAGCACCCCUUUUUUCCAAUCUGGUCAUAUUAGAAGAGAACUCAAUCCACAAGACUACUUCUUUCAGUACUCAUCAGAUGAUGAGAGUUUAAAAAGAUCAAAAUUUCUUCAUGUCAGCAAAUGUUUUGAUCAAUCUUUUAGGACCCCUUGUCAAUUUAGUAGGGAACUCAAUCAAGAAGACUACUUCUUUGGCUACUCAACAGAUGAUGAUGGUUCAAAAAGAUCAAAAUGGUCAAAAGGCUCAUUGACAAGAAAGCUAAGGCUUAUCAAACAACUCUCAUUUGAUCAUUCUAAGCUUAAGUGUUUGAUUAAUAAUAGUGUCGAUAAAUUAGGAGCCAAGAAAGAAUUAUUUGGGAAAAUUCAUCACAGCAAGUCAUUUUCAGGAGCUAUUAAAAGGUUGUUAACAGCUAAAUCUUGUUCUUCAUCAUCAUCAGUUUCAAGAUCAAAGAACACAAAUGGGAAUAUUCAAGAUUUGCAUUUGUUAAUGAGAAACAAAGAUGUGUAUGGAGAGGUUGAUCCAAUUCAGGCUGCAAUUGGUCAUUGUAAAAAUUCUCAAAAGCAGAAGUUUCAUUCAAGAAAGAGUAGUGUAAGUGACACUGGACUUGGCAGAUCAUUAUCAGCUUCCAAGAGGAUCUUUCAAGAACAAGAAAGAGCAAAACUCUGCAGGGGUUAGAAGUCUUUUUUCCAUUUCAUUAUUUCUUGGGAAAAGUUUGUAUACCCUUAAAUUUGCAAUUUUUCUUAUAUUUGUCCUCUGUCUACCGGUCGAUCCAUGAAAGUCGAUAUUAUUAUCUUUCGUCUCAAAUAUGUCUCUCCUAUUAACGUUUUCCAUCAUGAAAAAGUUAAGUCUGAUUUUGGCUAAUAUGGUGGAAGCUACGUAGGGGUAAGGGUAUAAUGAACCUUUUUCAAUUGGUUAGUGAUACAUCUAGACAUUUUAAUUAUUCCGGGGCAUGCUUUAAUCUAUU